AUGGUGGAUCCGGAUCCAUACUGGUCUGAGGCACAAUGCGAGUUGAUUCGGACAGUCGUCGUAAAGAAGCACGAUGCAACCGACGGAGACCAGCUGACGCUCAAGGUCGGUGACAUUGUCAUCGUGAUGGAAAAGGAUGAGACUGGCUGGUGGGGAGGACACAAGGAAGGCGAAGAGACCACAGGGUGGUUUCCGGGAAUCUGUGUGGAGCAGUUGGAAGGCUAUGAUCCGCGAGAGAGCCGGCGCCUUUCGCCGGGCUCCGCAUCCCAGGACGAAGGGAGGCACAAGAGCGACGAGUACAUCCACGGGAGGACUGCUGUUGAAACUGGCACUUCAAGCCCUGUGCGCGGGAGUUAUGUGGCAUCUCCGCAACGCACAAGUUCAGCUUCAGCCCAAGGAAGUCGCGAUGGCUAUGUCGACCAGCAAUCCCAGAUAACGGCUUAUGCUGCAUCCCAGCAGUUGUUGGAACACCAGAACAGACUGGUGGAAGACCGGCAAGCGCUGAUACUUCAGGUCGAGCAGCUGAAGCAGGAGAACCGAAGCUUGGAGGAGAAGCUCCGCAGGCAGAGCGACUGCGACAGGCGGAGAUACUCGCAGCUGGAGGAGAGCUUCGUGAGUUUGGAGGCCAAGAGUCGGGAGCAAAUGGCCGAGCUGAAGGUCACUCGAGAUCACAAGAACGAACUGAGCGAAGCCAACAGCGACCUCCAGAAGCGCCUGCAGGCCUCCGCAUCAGAGAAAGAGAAGCUUCAGGCGGAGGUGCGAUCGAGAACAGAAGAGGUGCAGACUCUCAGCACCAAGUUGGAGGUGGAAUUGGGGCAAAAGACUGAGCUCUCUGAGGAGAAGAAGAGGCUUCUUCGCAAGGUCCACGAUUUGGAGACACCCGAGCGUCAGCCUCCCACCGAGCGACAGCCUCCUCUUGAGCGUCAGCCUCCUGCCGAGCGACAGCCUCCUCUUGAGCGACAGCCUUCCCAGGAAACAACGGCGCUGGAGCAGCCGCCUCCUCCUGGAGUAGUCUCCUCGUCAGCAUUACUUCUCGGAACAUAG